CAUCAACAUCAUCAUUAUGAAUCGAAGAGGAAUGACCUAAAUUUAUCGAGGGGUGGUGGUGGUUCCCAAUUUCAAAGAAAACAGGUAGAAAAAAAACGAAAUUCGACGACUCAUUCACCAUCAGAUCACACCUGCAGAUCGAGAAUGAAUUGUAAUUUUUCAUCAUUCAUAUUAUGUCAUCAUAUCGUCGUCGUUUAUAUAAUUUUUAUAUGAAGAUUUUGUUCAUCAUUUCGGUUUUUUGAGUUGAUUGAAUUUUUCGUCAAUUUUGAUCAUAAGUUUUGCAAGAAGAAGAAGAAAAAACUGGCUACAACAACGGUUAAAGACAAUGAACUUAUACCAUUACAACAAGAGUCAUCAAAUUCUCGUACAAUGUAUUCACCAGCACCACCACAAUCAACAACAUCAUCACCAUUAUCACCUCCGGAAAAUCAAUCAUCUACACCAAAAAUUGAUAUUGCUGCCACAACUUCGGUACCACCACCGCCAACCAAUACCAAUCCGAAUGCUGAACGUGUUUAUGUUUGGGAUUGUUGUCGUUCAUUUUGUGUUUCAAAUAAUAGACUAAUGAAUCGUAUUAUUACAUGGGCCAUUAUAUUCUUCAAUGUUUUGCUUUUUAUGAUGAGCGCAACCAUAUUAGGUAUAGGAAUAUGGUUGAUUGCCGAUCCAAAAUCGUAUGAACCAAGUCGAUUUCUUGAUACUUAUAAUGUUAUUUGGGCUGCAUAUAUAAUGAUCAUUAUUAGUAGCUUUACAUUAGCAUUAUCGAUUUUUGGUAUCCUCGCUGUUCAAUGGGAAAACAUCUACAUGAUCAUAUUGUAUCUAAUAUUCUUGCUGAUUUGUUUUGGAAUGCAAGUGGCUAUCGUUACAUUGGCCAUUAUGCGUGGAUAUGGAACACGUUUAUACAUUUUUGCUUAUAAAGAAUUGCUACGUGAACUACAACAAUAUAAUUAUCAAGCUGAAUCCCGGGCAUUUAUCGAUUUUUUUCAGAUAAAAUUACGCUGUUGUGGUGUUGAAUCAUUCAACGAUUAUCCCCGAUAUGGUAUGGCAAUACCAAUAUCAUGUUAUAUGGCCGGAAAAACAUAUCUUAAUGAACAAGGCUGUGCACUGGCAUUACGACGACAUUAUGAAUUACGUACAGCUGUUGUUGGAUUUCUUUGUUUCUUCAACGGUUGGAUACAUUUAAUUAUUGCAAUAUUGAUAUUUUUCCUGUUGUUUUGUCGGAAAUAUUGAAUCAACCAACCAACCAACCAUUAUUAAUUCAUUACACACACACACACCCACUCACAAAAAUUCAA